AUAUAUCAUUUCUGUAUCAACAUUGUCAUGGCCAGCCUGAAGGAGACUUGGUGUACACCACAUUUGAUAUCUGACCCAUUUGGGCAUCUCCAUUGUGUACACACACCCCUAAUAUCUUGGAUCACAAAUUUGCCUGAACAGCUGCUGAUCUCAUGUAUGUCUGUGAAACACUCACCCAUCUCCACCUCCAACUCUCGUCAUUUUGGUAAUCCUACACCUCAACCAAUCUGUUCUCAAGAGCUAACACUAAACACCAUUGAGAAGGUCUGCUCUCUUGUUAAUGCGAACAAAAUCAACCUGUUUCAUAAAAAAUGCAAAACUAUGCAUUUGAAUGGGGUAACAGAGCCAUUUUGGCGUGAUUGGGGGAUGGCCGACCCUUCAAUAUUCCUUACUCCCGAUGCGCUACACAACUGGCAUAAAUUUUAUUAUGACCAUGUUCUCAAAUGGGUGAUCAACAUCAUUGGGGGCCCUGAGCUUGACCUGCGACUCUCAGCUCUUCAGCCAAGAGUUGGAGUGCACCAUUGGUCCCAAGGAAUCUCCCAAAUCAAGCAGUGUACCGGCCGUGAACAUUGCGAACUCAAGAAGGUUCUCAUUGCUGUGUCAGCAGGUGCUGUUUCUAAUGACGCCCUAUGUGCACUCCGUGCCAUAACAGACUUCAUAUUUCUGGCACAAAGUCUGUUACAUACGGGCAAAAUAAUGCACACAAUGAAUGAAGCUCUCCGACAGUUUUACCAUUAUAAAGGGAGUAUCUUUCAAGCAGGUGGUCAACGAGGUGCAAAGAAGAAUCUACUCAAGCAUUUCGAAAUCCCAAAGCUGGAACUUAUGCACCAUGUAGAAUGGAGUAUCAAGCUGCUUGGGGCACCUUUCCAAUGGACCAGUGAUAUAACGGAGCGCUGCCAUAUCACGCUAGUCAAGACACCAUAUAGGGGUUCAAAUCACAGAGAUUUUCAUGGCCAGUGCUGCCGCUUCCUGGACCGCCAAGAAAAA